AAUUAUUGUCUGUCAAAAUGUCAAAUUAUUUCGCAUAGCCUACGAAACAAAAGGGAUGCAAAUUAUGCUAAUUAUGUUAAAAUGUGGCCAUAUUCCAACUAUUUACGACCUGGAAUAACCUUGUCUGUUCUAAUUCCACUCGACCCCAUGCUCUCCGCGGAUCUGAUUAUUACCAAUUGUGUCUUCGUUGAGAGGAAAGCGAGAGGGGAAAGGCUUGAUGAGGGCGGGUUAUUGGCCUAGAUGGAUCACGUGACAACUUCAAGGUUCUCUCUCUUCUUUAUGUUUUAUGCCCGCAGGUCGUGGGGGUUUAUCACCGUCUCCACCGGACUAGCCCGUAAUAUCGACGACAUAAAAAUACGAGCGAUAUUAAAAUGACGACAUCAGCCUUCUGUGUGAAUUCACUGAUAAAUGGUGGAGAUAACGUGACUGCGGCUGCCUUAAAAGGCGCCGAUUUACAUUCUUCUAUCAUUCACGGAUCGUCGAAAUGCUCGUUGACGCCGAAAUUCGCCGAUACUUCGAUCCAGGGGGCGGCGUCGGUGGUGACGGCGACUUCGGGUAAUGGACUGGCGACGACGCCUCAGGUAUCGACAGCGGCGAAUAUGUAUCAUCUACAGGCAGAACAGAAUGCCAGCUAUGCAUCCCCUUGGUUUUAUCCUGCCGAUCACCAUCCGUACUCGACGAUGCCCGUGCCUAUGUCCGCCGUCGCCGACGACUUCGACAACUCGGCGUACUCUUACGCCAUGGGCCCGCCAAAAAACUUCGAAACGGGACUGAUGGCGGCGUCUGGAGGUGGAUUUUAUUCUAUCGGGCGUCAUCAAGCCUAUGAUCGAUAUCCUACUCAUGCUAACUCUAUGUACCACCAUCCUGCCGCGGCGGUCUCACACGCGGGACCCUUACCUGUGAGCCUCACCGCCGCCGGGACUCUGGCGACGAAGUACAUCACCAGUGACGGUGGUGGAGGUGGCAAUACAAGUCCUCAUGCUACAACGCACACCUUGCUCGAAGAGAAGCAUAAAUACAGCAUCUCAGCCGGAUACGACGCCUACAGCUGCCCGAAAGAGACUCUAGCAAUCGCUAAAUCGAGCGGGCAGAGAACGGUGGAGAUCAGCCCGACCUACCCGUCGACGGGCUCGGCUGGUGGUUCGCCGAUAACAGUCAUUCACAGCAAAGACUCACCAGGAUCAGAUACGAAAGAAAACGACGUCAUUGAUGACUGUGAUGACGACGAUAAACAGAAGAACGGGGACAGGCCGUCCUGGCUCUCGGCGACCUCCGGGCGGAAGAAGCGCUGUCCGUACACCAAGUUUCAAACGCUGGAGCUUGAGAAGGAGUUCCUCUUCAACAUGUACCUCACCCGAGACCGCCGGCUGGAGAUCGCCCGUCUACUCAGCCUCACCGAGCGGCAGGUCAAAAUCUGGUUCCAGAACCGCAGAAUGAAGAUGAAGAAGCAAAAUCGCGCUCAAAAUUACCCUUGAAAUCCCAACGUUGGUGCUGGAAACGAACUAUAAAACCUUGGGACAGUUGUUAUUACUAGGCAAAGUACUGAACUGGUAUAGUUUUGAGUGUAGAUAUGGUAUUGUGUUAUGUGUGACGGUAACUUCAAAGUGACUGCGUAAUUUGCCUAUACGAUUCGGGCAGGCGCGGAACAAUAAUGCGAGAAAGGUUACGCAUUUGUAAUUAACGUAUACUGCUGGAUGAUUAUUGAGAUCAUGAACUCAUAAAGAUUGAAAGUGUGAUUUACUUGUCUUCGUCGUACAUUUCAUGGAUUAUUUGCCAUUGAUGAAACGCUGAUAUGAAUGUAUUCAUUGUUCGAUCGUUGCCAUUUUAUUGUAUUAUUAUAUGCAGAUAUAAAACACCUUGAAAGAGCGACUUCAAACACAUCUGUCCAUUGAACGAUAGAAGACUUAUCUAGGUUGAUUAUGUUUUCACAUAAUAAUGACGUCAUCAGAUGCAUGAAUAAUAUAAGAUGCAACAUGCUUAAAGGGGUGGGAGGGCGGCGGUGCAAAGAGUGGAUAAUUGUUGGAUCACAUUUAGUGUUGUGCACACAAAUCAUUAUAGAUAAAUUAAAUGUCAUAUUAUUAUCUAAACAUAGUUCAAAGGUAUCAGAGCAAUACAGUUCGAAAGUCUGCCGUCGAAUACUUCACUCUAGCAAAACUAAGAACCUGCUGAAAUUAGCAGCCUACUUUUUCGCUUUUACUAUUAUUUGAAGGAUGCAUAGGCAACCCAAUUUUGAUUUUAAAACAAGUUUGCAAAAUUAAGUUUUAUCGGUAUCCCCUAAUGUUUUAAGUGCGUCUUCAAUUUACAGAUAAACAUGCCAACAGAAUGAAUAAUAAACCUCGGAAAGAAAAGCUUUGUUGCUUGUAGCUCAAACAAAUUGUUUAUAUAUAACUUGUAAAUAUUAACGUUAUUGCUUGCCAUUGUUUGUAUGGAAACUGUGAAUAUGGAUGUAUGAUAAUUUUUCUUCUUGUAUCAUGUUUAUUAU